GCAACUACCUGAGUAUCAUGGAUCGUUUGAGUUCGCCACUUGGUUCCUCGAUCUAUGUCACUGUUUUAUGCCGUUAUGUCCGUUCGCUCUCAUGCUGGAGCUCCUCUUUGUCAGCCUCAAGUCCCCUGAGACCACUCUUGUUCUCGCCCAUUAACAUACCGACUCGGCAAAUGCGAAGCAGAGAGGUCAAACAAUUUUACUCCAGCGAGGGAGAUUACAAUCCACCAGUGAAUGAUGUUAUCAGCCGUUUCAAAAGGCUCCGUUGGGGUGCAUUCAUCCAUGCUCGUUCAGGUCGCCGUCGACACUUGUAUCGGCCCAAUACCAAGCAGCACGUGCCAGCCAAUCUACCUUUUAUCUAUCCAACAGAAUCGACACAACCUAUGAUUGAGCCGCACCGAGGCCGUACGAGAAAAACUUUCUGAUCACCUACUUACUAACCGAGCUACUUCGUUCCUGCUGAACAACAUGUUGAAUGACCAUUGGCGUAAGCCGCAAUAUUAUCCUGAUGACAUUUAUGAGCCGUAUCAUCAGCGUACCGGUGUUCCUUGGGGUUAUGUCCUACGGAAACGGAAGUUUUUCCCAUAAAUGUUUCCCCACCCAACGUCACACACACACACGAUUGUACCCAUAACGUGAAUUCUGAGCUCUUUCUAUCCUAACUGCAUUUUAACUUUCAAGUCUUGAAUAAUCUCCCAGCUUCGUGAAAACUUUCCCAAUUAGCGCUCUCUCAUCAUUUGAGCCACCUGGUUGCUAUACUGACUGUGCAUCAUGCCACUAUUGCGGCUACUAUCCUGGUUGUUUCGACAGACGAAGGCGGCGUUCAACCCAAGUCACUAAGCUCAAAACAUCUCGUACACAAAGAAUAUACUUUACCCACGCUUAUGCGACACAUUUCGCAGCACAACACGGGGGUAGAAGCAACAAUUCGAUUCAAGUUGCUCCGAUUAUAUAGGCUUUCAUUACAUGAUGUGUAGUAAAGCAAAGGGCGCUUAAAAGUUAU